ACGCGCGCAGUUUGUACAACCGCGCCGUUUGUGAAAAGUUACUGGUCGCAGUCGCAAUUGAAUUAACUGAAUCGCCAAACAACUGCUUCGGACGUCAGCUGGAGACUACGACAACUUGGGUGCUAUCGCAGCAGCUAGGUGAUUUCUGCUCUACCUCCAGAGAUGCCCCGAACGAAGAAACCAAAGGCACGCCAGUCCUCCCUGCUCCCAGGAACAGCUCUUAACGUCGACCAAAUCAAGUACCUGCAGUGUAUGGUCAGAGAGCUAGAAUGCACUCUGGAGAAUUCUCGCUUGGCCAUGCAAGAGAAGGUAGACCGCAUAUGUCGCAACGUUGACUUGUGGUACGACAGGAUCAUCCGCACGGUGCCAGAGGAAAUCCUGAAGCGACCCUUCAGAGAAGUUUGGGACACCGCUGUGCCCAUUACAAACAUCUCGCCUGCCACCUCAUCACUGUUAGUGGCAAGUGCAUCUUCAGCUGACACUGAAACAUCGUUGGACACGAAGCCCUUGACUGCCACGCGGGUGCGGCAGAGAGCACUUGUGGCAAGUGGAAAGACGAAGCAGGUGAGUGCAGCAGCAAGCCAGCGCCGUUCUGCAAACUUGAAGAAGAAAGCGUCAAACGAGGCGCCCGGUGCACCAAAGUCUGCUAAGAAGGCUCGGAAAGUGAGCCUGCGCACUCCGGUUAUGCACACCCGUACGACCACAGGACUGCCAGUCGUAACACCAAAAUUUGACAUUCGUAAACGGCCGGCCACAGCGCGACCAGUACGGCGAGGCGAGACGUUGCUGUCACUAUCGGGCAGUCCUGUCGAAGCAAAGCCAUCGGCUGUUCCCAUUCACAUCCACAUCAACAAUGGCCAGGUGGUGAAGGUUACGGCUAGCAAUACUCGUGACUCAUCGCUUAACGAGCUGUGCAAGGCUAUCAAGAGCCUCUGCGAUAAGAUGUGAGGAUGCAGCACUGAAAUAUGCUUUUAAUAUAAAUUGUUGCAAGCCAUAUAUACAAUUUUUACUUUUUAUUUUUAUACCGCUCUUAUGUAAGAUAGCCGAAUUUUUUAAAUGUCCUCAUUUCAUCUUUGGCUGUCUUAACUUUUCACAAGAAUCUGUGUGCAAGAAAAAUAAAGUAUAUGUAAUCUUUUA